UAUGUCAUGAAACUUGACAUAAUGUGUGACUUAUGUAAAUGUUAUACGGCAUUUAACAAACGAUAUUCGAUGGUUUUAACUUGUACAUUAUCAUCUGAUAAACUGUGUUUACAUUUGAGGGAUAUAUGUUUAACAAUAACCAAGGAUAUUUAUUUCUGAAAAUGUUUGCACAAAAAGUAUCAAAAUGAACAGGCUUCUUACCAUCGGCAUCGUUCUUUUGUAUUGGAAAUCUUCAAAGGUAAUCUGUACCAUUUGCGACAAUAAACCAUGUGGCUCCGGUGGCACUUGUACCCCAUUACUCACGUCUCCGGGUUACGAGUGCACGUGCUUCUCGGGUUUCUUAUCGCCAAACUGCGCGGACCGCAAUGAGUGUUCAAUGGCGUCCGGCAUCUGCAACAACGGAACAUGCGUCAACACACCAGGAAGUUACCAAUGUGAAUGUAUUAAAGGUUUUACCGGAGCUAACUGUAACAAUGAGAUGGAGGCUUGCGGGUCGUCACCGUGCAAAAAUGGGGGCACGUGUUCGGUGACGUCAGAUGGUGGCCACGUGUGCAAGUGUCACGAGGGGUUCAACCCAUCCACGGACUGCGAUGAUAGCGACGAGUGUAACAUGGUUUCCGGCCACAACCCAUGCAAUAACGGAUCCUGCGUAAAUACUCAAGGCAGUUUCUCUUGUUCCUGUAACGCUGGGUACCAGGGGAAGUUUUGUCGCGACGACGUCGACGAAUGUUUGAAUCAGUCCUGUCCUAUAUGUGUGAAUACCCCCGGGUCGUAUUCGUGUCAAUGUACUGAGGGAUAUACUGGACACGACUGCCAGAUGGACGUAGAUCAAUGCGCGUCUAACCCUUGUCUUCAUGGUUCUUGUGUAAACAUACAUGGGUCUUUUAAGUGUUAUUGUGAGGAUGGAUUUAACGGGACUCUUUGCGACAAUGACUUCACACAGUGCUUGUCUAGUGCAUGCCUGCACGGCAGCUGUCAAAAUACGUCAGUCAUGUCUGUAUGCAUCUGCAAUAAAGGAUGGGACGGCACGCAUUGCGAUGUUGACGUCAACGAGUGUUCAUCUCAGCCGUCCGUCUGCGUUAAUGGAAAGUGCAUGAACAUACCGGGGUCGUACUCGUGCCAGUGUGACAAUGGUUACAAUGGAAACACAUGUCAAAAUGACGUUAACGAAUGUGACUCUCGUCCUUGUGGAAACGGUUCGUGUAUAAACACUGUUGGUUCUUACAGCUGUAACUGUUCUUCGGGUAAUUCCGGUGUGGGCUGUGAAAUGGAUAUUAACGAAUGUUAUCACAAUCCUUGCAAUGGAGGUGUUUGUAUCAAUACAGUUGGGUCGUUUCACUGUGACUGCCAUGAUGAAGCAACUGGAGAAUUUUGUGAAAAUAUCAUUAAUCGGGGUUCACACACUCAAACUUUAAACUCUAAACAGCCCCAGAGCUGGGUGGCCGGUCAUGCCUGGAUUUUCGCCGUUGUUGGGGCGGUUGUCCUGCUGGUACCUGUCACCAUCUUGGCGGCUGUGAAAAUUAAAAGACGACGUCAGGCGAACGCCGUUUAUGAAGAGAUCGGGCCGCCGGAUGACACUUUCAUUCCCUCCGUCUCAAGUACGAUCGACUCCCGCAUGAGUACAGGGAACCUCCUGUACAUGCAAGACAUAUGCGAGGGAAUCGACGAACUAUAAGCUGGUUUUACCGCUUUGAAUGAAAUCUCAGUUAUUGAUACUUUAAUAAAUUAUUCGGAUAUGUUG